AUGAAUAAAUUGCCAAUUCAUGAAAUGAAAUAAAUUUUAGAAUAAAGGAUUGAUUUUAAUUGUUAAGCAACUUAAACAGCAAUGAAUAAAUUGGGUUUAAGUCCAAGUGACUUUUAGAAGGUUAGUUACUUAGAAUAUAUGACAACAACCAAUAAUAGUUAGUAAGAUUAUUUUUCAUAUUUACAUUCAAUUGUAAUGAAUAUAAAAAAAUUGCAGUAAGAAAUAGCAAAAAUGAAUUUUAAGGAUAAAUCAAUUGAUUGUACAGAACCAGAAAAUAUAGAUGAGAUAAUAGCAUUAUUGGAUUAAAGAAUGAAAAAGAAAACAAUAUGCAACAGUUAACCUCGUAUAAUUUCAUAUCGAGAGAAAACUCAAGAGAGAGAUGAAAAGAAAUAAAGAAUAAUAAAAUUGAAUCAUCAUCAGAUAAAAUCAAUAACAGAGAGAACUUUAGUAUAACAUCCAUCGCCACCUAAAGAUCAAAAUACUUUCAUUCCAUAAAGUCCAGAAAGAAACAUACACAAGAGUAAAGUUGUGCAUUAUGGAUAGAAUUGAUAAUUUCCAAUAAUUAAAGUGUUGCGGAUUUGUAUUCUAAAUAACAGGCUUCAAUAGAAGCUAGUACGAUGGAAUUAUUAAAUGAAUCAUUACGUAAAAAUAUACCAGACAGAAAUUCAACAAUAAUAACAGGAAUUAGAUAAAGAUUAAAGGAUAGUAAUUGCAAUAAAUAAGCAAUUGAUGAUUUUAUGACUAAAAUUGCAAAAUUAAGAAGUGUAUCAUAAUAAUCUAUUGAAAGCAAUCGAAAGAUUACCACAUCAGCAAUCAAAUUUGUAAAGAAGAAAAAUGUUAAUAUAAUAACUACUAAAUUAGAGAUGAUGUUGAAAAAGGAAAAACUUAUUAUUCCUGAUGAGCCAUUAAAAAUUCAACAAUUAAAAAUCGGAAGCAUCAUGGGAGUAAUCUAAAAAAUUAAGAAUCAAAAAUCAAAAUAAAAAAUGAUUUAAUAAUUAAACAAUGAAAUCUAGUGA